AAGACGAACAUAUACAAAAAAAUAUACGCUCCUUUGGCUAUAUAUCUAAGUCAAAGAUACGCUCUAUGCUUCCUGUAAGCCUCAGAAAUAAAAUCUAAUAAUCUACAAGUAAUUCAAUCUCAUGGUUUGAUGUUGAAAGUUAUCCGUAUCUAACAUAAUGUAGUAAAUAACCGUUGAAUAAUCUUAAACAUUAACAAUAGAGUUCGAAUAACCUUCAACAAGUGGUUCUCCUACAAAGUAGUAUCAUACAGAUGUUUACUAUAAAAAUUAACAGUGUCAUAAGAUCCUCUCAAGAUAUUGUUUUGGAAGUAUUUGAUUUGGUCCUAAUAUAAAUAUGAACGACUUUGAUGCUAACAGCCAAGACGAGAUUUUUAAACCACCUACCCCUAAAGCACGUUCACCGUUGAGUAGAUUUAAUAUAUCCAAAGGGAAAGAUUAUAAUUUUCAAAAUUAUGACAACUUAUUGAUGAGAGAUAGUAUGCAUAGAGUUAAUCAGCAAAGUAAAGAAUACUUUGAUGGUGCUGAGAAUGAUGUGACUGAUGAUGAUGAUGAUGAUGAUAAUGACAAUGAUUAUAGUGACAACAAUGAGAUUAAAUUAUUAAAUGAUUCAUUUCACAGUGUGACAUUAGAUUCUCCUCUUUCUAAGUCAUAUAAUUCUCCUGAUAGAACACAUUUGCAAAACCGAAGUUAUCGAAGUACAAAUACAAGUCGAUCUUCCAAUACUUCUACGAAUUCUCUAUAUUCAUAUAGAAGAGUACAACGGCAACCUAUAACAAGAGUACCUAAAACGUCCAAUUAUUGCCUUUGGUAUAUUAUUAUUGCUGCAGUUAUAAUUAUAAUCCCAUGUAUGGUAAUAUUUAAUCAAGAAAUAAUUGAAGAAAUAGUUAUAGAAGAGAACCAAGUAGAAGAAAAUGAUGAAAAAAAUAAGUUGGAUUUAGGUGCAGUAGAUAAAACAUUAAAUGAAAAGAUGGAGGUUAUACAAACACAAUUUUAUAAUCAAAAACCAAGUAUCUGGAAUGAUGUAUCCUCUGGAAUAUAUGAUAUAGCUUUGUAUCCUGGGAAGCCUGUAGUUAUUAUUCUGUUUGGGAAUGAAACAAAUACUCUAAACUGCUUAGCACAACUACUUGGUCAAUUAAGUACUAUUAUUUUGGGUAACAACGAGUACUUGACUUUAAUACCACAAGAUUUUCCAAAUGAUGUUGGACAAACUAUUUAUAAGUUGAAACAACAAAUUUCUCAAAAACGGGUAGUAAUAGUCCAAGAUUUGUUGAGCAUCAAUCCAGAGGCAAUAAAAGCAUUUCACAAUUUUUGUGAUAGAGAAAAACCGUUAAUUAAACAUGCUGUUUAUAUAAUAACAAUUAUCAUUGAUGGAUACAAGCCAAUACAAAAGGAAUUAGAAUUCAUUGAAAUGCAAAUGAUGAAGAAACUAUCUGAUAAAAUAGAGAAAGAUAUUUUGGCUCCUCUGAUAACUCGACUCAUGGAUGGAACUGUUGUCAGAGUAUUGCCAGAAUCAGCUGCAAAUUUUAAGUAUACAAACUGCUCUCUUCCAGAACGUCAUAGACUGUGAUACUUGUCAACUAUACAAAGUGAAACUAGGUGAUUUUUUAUAGUAUUACAGUAUUAACUUAAAAACUAAAUAUUAGUUAAGAUGCACAAUUCUCAUAAUUUUCAGUAUAUUUAUGUAUCCAGGAUUGAUUAAAUAUGAAUGUUGUGUAUUAAUA